UUUGUCAUCUGUCACUUGACGUGUUUAUUUUAAAUUGACAUAUUUACCAUAAAUAAAUAUGAAUAUUUUACCAAAAAAGAGGUGGCAUGUUCGCACUAAGGAAAAUAUUGCCAGAGUUCGAAGAGAUGAAGCAAAAGCUGCUGAAGAAGAAAAAGCAAAACAGGACAGAAUAAAACUAGCUGAACGUGAAGCUAGAAGAGAACUUUUGUUGCAAAGAUCCAGAAAAAAUACAAGCCCAGGUGAUUUUGUUUCUUUAAAUGAAGGAAAUGAGUGUGAAAGAGAUGAUAGCAGAGGCCACAUAAAUUUUUUUAAGGAAUUGGAGGAUGGGUCAGCAGAAUUGAAGCAGUCCAAUAAAGAACAUGAUAAAGAACAGAAGGAGGAGCGGGAGAAGUAUGAAAAACAAAUUGGUUACUUAACUUAUCUCGGUCAGGACACUAAUGAAGCUUUGGGCAAGAAGAACUGGUAUGACGUCGCGCCAGAUAGGUCGGAUUCAGGAAAAAGUGAAAUAAACCUAAAAAGUAAGAUAAGAGAAGAUCCUUUAGAAAUCAUAAAGAAAUAUACAUCAGUAGGAAAGGCUAUUGAUGAUGUAAGGAAAAGCAGUAGUAAAAUAGCAUUAUAUAAACCAAUUUUAAACAAAAGUGGUUCGUCACCAAGCAGAAAACGAAAAAGGAGAGAUAGUAGCAGCAAUUCUGAUGCUGAUAACAAACACAAGUAUAAGAAAAGUAAACACGAGAAAAAGAGACAUAAGAAGGACAAAUCGAAGAAGAGAUAUAUAUCUAAUUCUGAUAGUAGUGAAAAUUCCGAUGACGAAGCUGAACUGGAGAAAAAACAAAAGUUGGAAAUACUUAGAUUGGAAAGAAUAAAGCGUGAGAAGGGAGAAAGAAGGAGAACUGAGGAAUUUUUAGCCAAGCUACGAGGAGAAGAAAACAAACCAGUAAAAGAAACAUCAUUUAAACCAAAAUAUAACUCCCAAUUUAAUCCAGAAUUGGCAAAACAGAAUUAUGAUAAAAAUAGAUAAAUUUCACCACCC